GCGUAUGACUGCCGAAUAUUAGUAUUAGCUUGACGAAUGGCAAAGAUAAACAAUAAUCAUUAAAAUAGAAGUUUGUAAAAAGUUUAUAUAUUGAAUAAUAUUAAAAGCAAAAAUAUGAAUAUUUUCUUUUUAGUAAGUACGUUAUUCCUGAUUGUUAGUGUCAGCAAUGGAACUUUGGCACCUGAACAAGGAAAAAAAUCUAAAAAGCAGGAAAAAGUUAAAAAGUCUGGACCUGUUGAUAAGGAUGCUUAUCAAAGAUCUUUAGUUAAAAGAGACAUUAAAGUUAAAGAUAUUUUACGCGAAGCUGGUUUACACAGUAAAGAUACAAAAAGUAGACGUUUUACAGCUGGCGAUGUUCUUGGAUACAUUACACCGUGGAAUUCGGAGGGGUAUGAAAAUGCAAAUAAAUUUCAUGGAAAAUUCGAUAUGGUCUCUCCAGUUUGGUUUACAAUAAAGAGCCAAGAUUUAUUAAAAAUCUCUACGCAUGACAUUCAAAAGCAAUGGCUACAUGAUAUGAAAGCAGCAGAUAAUGAAAAUCAUACGGUUAAGAUUGUACCAAGAAUUCUUUUUGAAGGAUGGUCUAGCGAUGAUAUUAUUGAGCUUUACAGUAAUAUUAAAAAGAGGGAUAAACUAAUUAAAGCAUUAUGUGAUCUUGCCCAGGCUUACCAGUUUGACGGAUAUGUUUUAGAAAUAUGGAAUCAGUUUAUAUUUUCUGGCAUAAAGAAGAAGUUAAUUAUAUCUUUAAUUAAUACGAUAGCAGAUGGAUUGAGAAUAAAAGACUUGGAUAUAAUAUUAGCUGUUCCACCUCAAAAAGGAAUGGAUAAGGAACUUUUUCCAAAAAAAGCUUUUGAUUUACUUGCACCACACAUAAGAUAUUUUUCCCUUAUGACUUAUGAUUAUUCAAGUGUUCAAAAUCCUGGCCCUAAUGCUCCUAUUGAUUGGAUAAAAACUUGCGUUGAAAAUCUUGUUCCAGACUCUAAAGAUAUAAAAAGAGCUCAAAUAUUAAUGGGUUUGAAUUUCUAUGGUUAUCAUUACACUUCUACUGGAGGUGGUGCCAUUAUAAAUUCACAAUAUUUGAAGCUUCUUGAAAAUUUCAAAGGAAAAAUUCAGUGGGAUGAUAAAAGUAACGAACAUUUCUUUGAAGUCAAACACAAUGAAGGUGGCUAUGUUUUCUUUCCGACUCUGUAUUCAAUAAUGUCCAGAUUAGAUCUUGCCACUGAAUUGAAGAUUGGUAUAUCAGUUUGGGAGCUUGGACAAGGAUUGAAAUACUUCUUUGAUUUAUUAUAAUUUAAAAAUUAUAAUUAAAUCAGAUAAUUACUAAUGUUGUGAUUUCAUACAUCAUCACGAUAUUUUAUAUAUCUAGCAUUUAAUUGAGAUUACACCGUAAUAGUAAUUUUACUAGUGUACAAAUUUAAACAUCAAAUGAGGAACUUUUAUCUACCAUUCGUAAACUAUUUAUACUAGUAUAUUGUAAUAAUCAAUGCACAAUUUUUCACUAUACUAACAAAGACAUAUGUUUAUUAUUUAAUAAGUUUCCAUAAAUGUAUAAAUCAAGUACAAAUGCGUCAGGACGAUGAUGCUACGUCAGAAACUAUCGUCAAAAUGGACGGUAUCGAAGCGAGAAAUUUAAAACAAAAUAUUUGAGUGAAUAGAAGAAAAAUCCAAAAAAAAUAUAAUUGAUACUUGUAUUUCAUAUCUAAGCGAAACAUUAAGUGAAAUGAAAAAAAAACUUUAUUCACUUAUACAAGUAUAGAUAUAAAAAUAGAGUACAUACAAAUUUGAAACACAAAGUACAUGAUGCAUCCAUAAUCAAUAAUUAUAAUAA